GGUACCACUGCGACACCAUGCCCCGAUCCUCCUCCCGCGGAGCCUUCAGUGCCCACACCAUCUCCCUCUAUCACUGUCACCUCGCCUCGGCAAUUCGCUCACUUCAUUCGACAGGACGAUGUCACCUUCUUUAUGGUGGACGUGACGGAUCUCUUACACUAUGAUCCACCCUGUCCCGACGUCGAGCUCAUCCCUCUGGAGCCAGAUCCUCCCUCUAUCUCCAUGGCUCCCAGCUCUACUUUCGUCCCUCUGCCGUUCGUCGAGUCCACCCCGUCGUCGCAUGCUGACGCUGACGCUGAGGAACUCGCACGAUAUACGGCAGACCUGGAGCCCGCAGUUCGUGACCUCAUCCGAGAGUACCACGACGUUUUCCCAUCAUCGUUCUCGUACGCCGGCAUCCCACCGAUGCGUGACGUCGAGCACUCCAUUCAGCUUGUGCCUAACUAUCGUGUUUACCACCAGGCACCCUACAGACUCUCGAUCCUCGAGGCCACCGAACUCAAGCGUCAGCUUGAGGAGCUCCUUCGACUGGGUUUCAUUAAACCCAGCAACUGCCCGUGGGGUGCACGCGUCCUCUUUGCUCGCAAAGAGAAUGGAACUCUCCGUCUCUGCAUCGACUAUCGCGGUCUCAACCGCUACACGGUUAAGAACAACUACCCCAUGACUCGUUCCGAUGAGCUGUUCGACCGCCUAGCAGGCAACCGCUUCUUUACGAAGAUUGAUCUUCGUAGCGGUUACCAUCAGAUCCGCGUCGCUGCAGCCGACCAGCCGGAGACCGCGUUCCGAUCACGAUUCGGACACUACGAGUUCAAGGUGAUGCCAUUCGGCCUCACCAAUGCACCCGCCACCUUUCAGAGGGCGAUGAACGACAUCUUCAGGGACAUCCUGGAGCAGUACGUUCUCGUCUACCUCGUCGAUAUCCUGGUCUACAGUCGUACCCUUGAGGAGCACCUCAAACACCUCCGUGACGUCCUUGACUGCUUGCGUAGGCAUGGCUUCUACGCCAAGCUGAGCACGUGCCGCUUUGCCCAGCACAAAGUGAAUUUCUUAGGGCACUACGUGUCUGACCAGGGUCUCCACAUGGACGACGCGAAGAUCACUGCUAUUGCGGAGUGGCCCGCCCCCACAUCCGCCAAGCAGCUUCGCAGCUUCCUAGGCCUGACCAGCUACUAUAGUAACUUCAUCCGGGGAUACGCUAGGUAUUCCUACGUCCUUACCUCCACCCUCCUCCGGAAGAACCCACCCGGGACUUGGACACUCCUCCACGAGGAUGCCUUCCGCGCCCUUAAGAAGGCGGUGACAUGCGCACCGGUUCUUCACCUACCCGAUUUUGAUCGCCCUUUUAUCCUUACCACCGAUGCAUCAGACUUUGCUGUAGGAGCAGUGCUUUCUCAUGCCUUCCCCUCCUCGCCUGAUUCCUCUCAUCCUCGUAUCCCUCGCUUCCCACCACCUACCCCUACCACUGCUUCCCGACUGACGCCUACGCGUCCAACUACUGACGAGCCCUCUAUUGACUAUUCUCCUACCAUCGACGGGGACGGCACUGUCGAGUCUCGCUCAGCCGCCGGUCAUAUGGGCUUCCACAAGACGUCGGCUCGUGUGAGCCGCCUGUACGUCUGGCCGAAGCGCAAGGACUUUGUGAAGGACUACGUCGCAGAGUGUCCCACCUGUCAGGAGGUGAACAGUGCGAACCACCUACCUUAUGGUUUGCUCCCGCCUCUUCCUAUUCCUAGGGGUCGUUGGCAGUACAUCUCGAUGGACUUUAUCGGUCCCCUUCGUCCUCCGACCCCUCGCGGUCAUGAUGCUAUCCUGGUCGUCGUCGACCGCUUCAUGAAGCGUGCACGCUUUGUUCCGUGCCGCUAUGCCAUCAGUGCACGUCAGGUCGCCGACAUCGUGUUUGACUGAGUCGUGCGUGACCACGGCUUACCUCUGAGCAUCAUAUCUGACCGUGACCCGCGCUUUACCAGC